AUGAGUGAACCGAGGAGGAGUGCAGAUACCGACGCUGCAGGAGGCAGCGCUGAUGGCAGAUUUUUUGAGUGUGAGCAGCGGACGUCGGGCGAAGUUAACCGCGUCGGAGUGCGCGUACCGCCCUUCUACCCGCAAAAACCGAGCUUAUGGUUUGCGCAGCUAGAGAGCCAGUUCGUGCUGGCAAAUAUCACCACGGAGUCGACCAAAUUCCACUACACAUUAGGUAGUCUCGACCCGUUAUAUGCUGCAGAGGUCGAGGACAUAGUGGCUGAUCCAGAUAUGACCAACAAAUAUACCCGUCUUAAGACGGAAUUAAUUAAGCGUCUUUCGGCAUCCCGGGAGAAGAAGGUCAUGCAGCUAUUGACCCGCGAGGAGUUAGGGGAUAGAAAACCUUCCCAGUUCCUGCGACAUCUCAAACAGCUUGCUGGACCUGAGGUUCCCGAGGGAUUCAUGCGGACCAUCUGGGCUAGUCGACUUCCCACCAGCGUGCAGUCGAUUAUAGCAUCGCAGGUAAAGAAGCCGUUGGACGAGGUAGCCGAAUUAGCGGACACUAUCAUCGACGUCGUGCAACCUACCCCGCAAGUAGCAUCAACAUCGCGAGCCAGUACAUCGGAUGACUCGUCCGCCUCGAUGAGCGGCCAGAUAGCGGAGCUUACGCGUCUCGUCUGUUCAUUACAGACGAAGGUAGACCGUUUAUCGCGUCCCAGUGAUAGAUCCAGUAGCCGUAGCCGGAAUCGCAGGCGUUCGUCAUCAACCCGGUCGCAGUCCAACUACAGGAAGCAUCCGGUCUGCUUCUAUCACAACAAGUACGGGCCGAAGGCGCAUAGGUGUGUGAAGCCCUGUGACUACGCGGGAAACGACCGAGGCAGUCGAUAA